UGUUAGUGAGGUUAUAACUGCUGUCAGUUUCCAUAUUUCUGCUAACAUGGGCGAUAACGUGGUAGCAUAUUUCGAAGCUUUAAAGCUGAACGAGGAAAAGGCAUGAGUUUAUUUAUUUAUAAUUCGCAAUGUUAAAAGUUUUAAGUUUUGCUCGAUAUCAAGUGCCGGCGUUCAGACAAUCUGUUGCGACGUUGGCCAAGUUGAGCUUUCAAAAGCCCGGUGACAAGAAGGCGCCUCCUGCAGAGGCUCCUGAAUUUAUACAGGAGAGGUUGAAUUUGUUUUUGAAACUUAAAAGUGAGGAUGAAGCUGAGAGGUUAAAAAAACCUCAACAGCCCAUCAAAGUUACCCUGCCAGAUGGCAAAGAAGUUGAAGCUGUUGCUUGGAAGACAACUGUUUAUGAAGUUGCACAAGGAAUUAGUCAGGGUCUAGCAGACAACUCAGUAAUCUCCAAGGUAAAUGGCGUCCUGUGGGACUUGGACCGCCCCCUGGAGGAAGACUGCAAACUGGAAUUGCUUAAGUUCAACGAUACAGAAGCGCAGGCCGUGUUCUGGCACUCGUCCGCGCACAUUUUGGGCGAAGCCCUCGAAAAAAUGUACGGGGGUUGCCUAUGCUACGGCCCUCCCAUCGAUUCCGGAUACUACUAUGACAUGUAUCUGACAGACAAGGGGGUUUCACAGAACGAAUUUGGCGAUAUUCAGAAUGUCAUGAAGGAUAUCGUGAAAGAUAAACAACCGUUUGAAAGACUCGAGGUGACCAAGGAGAACUUGAUGAAGAUGUUCAAGGACAAUCCCUUCAAAUUGAGGAUUUUGAGGGAAAAAGUGCAAACACCCACCACCACCGUCUACAGGUGCGGACCGUUGGUAGAUUUGUGCAGAGGACCGCACGUAAGGCACACCGGUAAAGUGAAGGCCUUAAAGGUAACAAAAAGCUCCUCGACAUACUGGGAAGGCAAGGCUGAUGCGGAAACUCUCCAAAGAGUCUAUGGUAUCAGUUUUCCCGACAGUAAGCAAUUGAAAGAGUGGGAGAAGUUCCAAGAGGAAGCGGCCAAAAGGGAUCACAGAAAAAUCGGUAAGGAACAAGAGUUGUUCUUUUUCCACGAGCUGUCUCCAGGUUCCUGCUUUUUCCAACCACGCGGUGCGCAUAUUUACAACACUCUUAUUGAGUUUAUUAAGAAGGAAUAUAGGAAGAGAGGUUUUCAGGAGGUUGUUUCUCCUAAUAUUUAUAAUGCCAAGUUGUGGCAGACUUCUGGACAUUGGGCCCAUUAUGCAGACAACAUGUUCUCCUUCGACAUCGAAAAAGACAAAUUCGCCCUGAAACCGAUGAACUGCCCCGGGCACUGCCUCAUCUUCGACAACAGGAUCCGUUCGUGGCGCGAGCUGCCGCUGCGCCUAGCCGACUUCGGCGUCUUGCACCGCAACGAGCUGUCGGGCGCGCUCACCGGCCUGACCAGGGUGCGCAGGUUCCAGCAGGACGACGCGCACAUCUUCUGCGCGCCCGAGCACAUCAAGGGAGAAAUGAGCGGCGCCUUGGACUUCUUGAGGCACGUUUACGGCAUCUUCGGCUUCACUUUCAAUUUGGUGCUGUCCACAAGGCCAGAAAAAUACUUGGGCGACAUUAAGGUCUGGGAUGAAGCUGAAAAGGCGUUGUCUGAAAGUUUGGACGAAUUUGGUGAACCAUGGAAGCUAAAUCCUGGCGAUGGUGCUUUCUAUGGUCCCAAAAUUGAUAUUACCAUUAUGGAUGCACUAAAGAGGUCGCACCAGUGUGCUACUAUACAGUUGGAUUUCCAGUUGCCAAUCAGAUUUAAUUUGGCUUAUGUUAGCGAGAAUGGCGAGAAGAAAAAGCCCGUAAUCAUCCACAGAGCAAUCUUGGGCUCUGUGGAAAGAAUGAUAGCAAUCCUGACUGAAUCGUACGCCGGCAAAUGGCCGUUCUGGCUGUCGCCACGUCAAGUGAUGGUCAUCCCAGUGGGCCCGAAAUACGACGACUACGCCAUCGAAGUCCAAAAGAAACUCCACCUGGCCGGCUUCAUGUCCGAAUCGGACACAGACGCGGGCGACACCAUGAACAAGAAAGUGAGAAACGCGCAGUUGGCGCAGUUCAACUUCAUCCUCGUGGUGGGGGAGAAGGAGAAAUCCAGCCACACCGUGAACGUGCGCACCAGAGAUAACAAAGUCCACGGGGAAAUUUCGGUGGAUGAACUUAUUGAGAAGCUGAACAACCAUAGGGAUAAUUAUGUUAAGGAUGAGGAUCAAUUUUAAGUUUGUUUAGGCCAUUCCAAAUAAACAAGUAUUUUUUAUUUAUUUAAAUUAAUUUGCAUUUACUGCCUCGAAAUACAUUUAAUGUUGCCACCACAAUUUGUGUUUUAUUUCUAACCUAGGAAACCUUCGCAGUGCUGCCAAAUGAUG